AUGUUAACACGUGCUAAAUGGGAGGCUUUGUCUGUGAAAGAUAAGAAGGGCGGCGAAGGCUCUGACAGUGGCGUGAAGAAAGGUGGUGGACGCGGCAGUGGCCGUGGUCACGGCCGAAGUCAGAGCGGUGGGCGCGGUGAUGAUGCCGAGAGGAAGCCACAUCGUAAGUUCGAUAAAACCAAAAAUAAAAUGCUUCAACUCGUGAAUGAGUAUGGUCAUUUUGCCUCUCGAAUGCUUAAAAGCCAAAGAGAGAAAAAAACUCACCUUGUAGAGAAGAACCAAGCUGAUGAACCCUCCUUGUUAAUGAUCGAGACAUGUAAACUCUCGAAGACAGAGCAACACGGAGGCGAGGUAGUGUUGCUCAACGAGGACAAUGUUAAGCCCAACCUGGGAGUCGACGGAAAAUGUUGUAGCGAGCUGUGUUCUCGAUCAAAAAGCAAAGAUGAAGCAUUGGAGGCUUUCAAGAAGAUCAAGAUAAGAACUGAAGUGGAGGUGAAUUGUAAGCUGAAGGCCCUACGAACCGACAGAGGAGGUUACGACCCUGGUUCAAAAGCCUACCGAUUCUAUAACCCGAGUACUCGGAAGGCUACGGUACAUGUGACGCUGUCUUUGAUGAAGGAAGGGAGUGGAGUUGGAACGAUACAAUGUAAGAGAAAGUUAAUGAGCCAAGUGGUGAAGAAAGAUUCAGAAGGCAAUGUGGUGAAACACAAAGCUCGGCUUGUCGCUAAAGGCUAUGUACAAAGGCAAGGAGUUGAUUUCGAGGAAGUGUUUGCGCCGGUGGCUCGGCUAGAAACAGUGAGGUUGCUCAUUGCAAUGGCGACCAUGGAAGUUGGGAGGCCGCAGUUAGUAUUAAAACUAAAGAAGGCACUCUAUGGUCUACGGCAAGCACCUCGAGCAUGGAACUACAAGCUAGACAAGAGUCUAGUUUCACUUGGUUUUGAGAGGAGUCCACUUGAGCAUGCAGUGUACAAGAAGGAGCAUGAUGGCUUAGUGCUAUUGGUGGGAGUAUAUGUUGAUGACUUAAUUAUUACAGGUUCAAUAGUGAGCGCCAUUAUUGAAUUCAAGAAUCAAAUGAAGAAAUUAUUCAAGAUGAGUGAUCUUGGAUUGCUCGAGCUACUAUUUGGGCAUUGA